AUGCGGAAGAUGAGGGAUAUCGUCACCCUGCCCGCCGACAAGGGACGCCCGACGGUUGUCAUGGACAAGACCGAGUACACGACGAAACUGGAAGGUCUGUUGGAGGACGAAGUUGCCUACAAGCUUUCGGAGACUGGAGAGUUCAAGAAGCACGUGAACAGUGUAAACAAGGCGAUAGACAAGUUAAGGAAGGCAGGAGCCCUCAAGAGGCAGGAAGCACUGGCCGCAAAAGCCACCGAUGCCGCCAUGGCGCGCUUCUAA